GGGAAUGCCAUCCAUGCCAAAGCAGAUAUUGGACCCUGCGCUGAUGAUGACUGAUAUGUCGUUGUGUCAAAAUAGAGGUCUGUAUCCUGUAUCACCUUGGGAAUGCACAGACACGCAAUGCCCUCGCUGACUGGGUCGGCCCUGUUUUCAUGUCAACAGUAAACUUUCACCACACAUCAGUGUCCUUCCACGGAGAGGUAAGCACAGUGGCACUCUGCUAAACAGUUACAGGGGCACCACCCUCUACUGGAUCUGGCACAGUGCCAGCCGUCCUCAACCUGAGGUUGCCCGCCGUUGAUGUGGCCAGAUGCCAAGCGAGCCGUAACCCAUCACAUGACCAACUCAGACUAGCGUGUUAUUUGAAUGUGUCGCUAUUCAUCAGUCAUUUCCCUGCCACCCACCUUUCGUUCCUCACGAACCAUUCUUUAUCAACACCACUCCGACGCGUCCCGAAUAAUCCAUCCAUUUCAUCACAACACAACUUUGGUCGUGUCUUCUGACAAACGUUCAACACUUACUCAAUCACAUCUCUUACAAUGGCAGGAGGCAAGGGCAAGAGCGUUGGCGGAAAAGCCACAGGCGCAAAGGAUUCCAGCAACAAGAGUCAGAAGUCGCAUAGUGCAAAGGCUGGCUUGCAGUUCCCAUGCGGUCGAGUCAAGCGCUUUCUCAAGAACAAUACACAAAAUAAGAUGCGAGUUGGUGCUAAAGCUGCCGUCUAUGUCACUGCCGUCCUAGAAUACCUUACUGCCGAAGUCCUCGAACUCGCAGGCAACGCCGCCAAGGAUCUCAAGGUCAAGCGUAUCACUCCUCGGCAUCUUCAACUCGCCAUCCGUGGUGAUGAAGAAUUGGACACCCUCAUCCGUGCCACAAUCGCGUUUGGUGGUGUCCUCCCGCACAUCAACAGAGCUCUACUCUUGAAGGUCGAACAAAAGAAGAAGAGCAAGGCUGAGUAAAGUGGGCUGGAAUAGACAUCAAACGAGUCGAAUCUUCGGCGUCUACUGGGCAUUCUGUGGUCAGGCUGGACUUGUGGCGUUGCAGGCUUGGGGAAACAUUGAGACGAGUGUAUGAUGACGGUGCUUUGCAAAGAAUAAGAAGAACGGUAUCCCAGGAGGUCAUCAUUGCAUGUGUGUUUUUAUUGCCUUUUUUUUCCCGGUUUCUGAGAGACUAUCCGGCUUUUGCUUGAAUUGAGGUUGGAUCACACACAGACAGAAUACCCUCUCUCCGUUAGCUUUCCAUAUGAACCUGUUCUGAUUUCA